GCAGCAAAGUCCAAGGUCCCCCCUCAACAAAACUUUGAAGGCACACAAACUCUUUUACAGUUUACCAAGAAGAGUGGGGAUAAUCUCUGGUGGAUUUUUUUUUUUUUUUGUAAAUAAACAUUUUAUACUGAAAUUCCAUUGCAAUGAAGAGGAAACAGAAAAGGUUUAUUCAAAUGGUAUUGCUAUUUAUGGUGGCUGUAAUUUUUCUUCCUAACAUUGGGCUAUGGUCGUUGUACAAGGACAAGCAUCUCAUGAAAUCAGCUGAUUCUGUGGAACAGACCUUUUCUCUUGGAGUGAGUGAUGCUCAAAUCUAUACAUGGACAGAUGGUCUUAGAAGAAAAGAUUGGCAUGACUAUGAAAGCAUCCAGAAAGAUGCAAUGCGCUCAGGUAAAGGAGAACAUGGCAAACCAUAUCCUCUUACUGAAGUAGAUCAAGAUGAUACUGUUUAUAGAGAAAAUGGUUUCAAUAUAUUUGUCAGCAAUAGCAUUGCUUUGGAGAGAUCCUUGCCUGACAUCCGACAUCCUAACUGUAAGCACAAAUUCUAUUUGGAAAAGCUACCAAAUACCAGCAUAAUUAUCCCAUUUCAUAAUGAAGGAUGGACAUCCCUACUGAGAACGCUGCACAGUGUGAUUAACAGGACGCCCGACAGCCUGAUCGAAGAGAUUAUUUUGGUGGAUGAUUUCAGCGACAGAGAUCAUUUAAAGGAGAAAUUAGAAGAAUAUAUGUCCUAUUACCCAAAAGUAAGAAUUAUACGUACGAAGAAAAGGGAAGGUCUGAUUCGGACUCGACUGCUUGGAGCAUCGAUUGCCAAAGGAGAGGUCUUAACAUUCUUAGACUCUCAUUGCGAAGUUAAUGUGAAUUGGCUACCACCGUUACUUAAUCAGAUUGGUCUGAACCGCAAAACAAUUGUGUGUCCCAUGAUAGAUGUCAUUGACCACAAUCACUUUGGAUAUGAAGCACAGGCAGGAGAUGCAAUGAGGGGCGCUUUUGACUGGGAAAUGUACUAUAAACGCAUCCCAAUCCCUCCAGAACUUCAAAGGACUGAUCCAAGUGAUCCCUUUCAGUCACCUGUAAUGGCGGGGGGCUUAUUUUCCGUUGAUCGGAAAUGGUUUUGGGAGUUAGGCGGAUAUGAUCCUGGUUUGGAAAUCUGGGGAGGGGAGCAAUAUGAAAUAUCAUUUAAGGUGUGGAUGUGCGGAGGGGAAAUGUUUGAUGUCCCUUGUUCCAGAGUAGGUCACAUCUACAGGAAGUAUGUGCCUUACAAAGUCCCGACGGGAACAAGUCUGGCAAGAAAUUUGAAGCGUGUGGCUGAAACAUGGAUGGAUGAGUAUGCAGAGUACAUAUACCAGAGAAGACCUGAGUAUAGACAUCUGUCCACUGGAGACAUCUCCUCCCAGAAAGAACUUCGGAAGCAUCUGAAAUGCAAGGACUUCAAAUGGUAUAUGACUGAAGUAGCAUGGGACAUACCAAAGUAUUACCCACCGGUGGAGCCCCCAUCUGCUUCCUGGGGAGAGAUACGAAACGUGGCAUCAAAUCUUUGCAUAGAUAGUAAGCAUGGAGCAACAGGAACCGAAAUGAGAUUAGACACUUGUGUGAAAGAUGGCUCUGAAAGAACUUGGUCACAUGAGCAGCUUUUCACUUUUGGAUGGAGAGAAGACAUUCGACCAGGGGAGCCCAUGCACACAAGGAAGUUCUGCUUUGAUGCCAUCUCCAAUAACAGCCCUGUUACGCUGUACGACUGUCAUGGAAUGAAGGGCAAUCAGCAGUGGAGUUACAGAAAGGAUAAAAGUUUGUUCCAUCCUGUAAGCAACAGCUGUAUCGACUGCAACCCAGCUGAAAAGAAAUUAUUCAUGAACAGAUGUGACCCUUUAUCUGAGACGCAGCAGUGGAUUUUUGAGCACAUUAACAUGACAAUACUACAGAAAUUCAACAUUUAUAAUAAUUCCUAGGAAACACAACUUCUUCUAUCAUAAACAAAAGACUACAAUUGGGUUACAGGAGUCAUGUUUUAUGUUUUGUUUUGUUUUCCAAGAGCCGCGAAUUCUCUUUCGAGAAUAAUAACAAUAUGCCACAUGCCACGAGAUGUCUUCAUAUCCAAAGAACUUGGAUGAAAGUGUGCAGCUGCUGAGAAUGUGAAACCUAAUUUCCUUGCUGGUCAAGGGUCAGUCUGAACUGUUGGAAUAUGCUCACUGCUACUACAGUGAAAUACAUUUUUAAUCUUACUCAGGACUCAUCCUGCUGUAGUGUGUCAAUGGAAACUUAGUGGAGUAUGUUCUUCCUUUCGGCGGGGGUGGGGGUGGGGUUGACUGCAUGAUUAUCAUGAGUCUUUAAAAGCACCACAAAUAUGGCCUGCUAACAUAAACAGCAGGGCAUACAUCAGAAAGGCACUGAUUAAUGAUGGUGUUCCUUUUCUUAGAGAGCUGAGGUUAACAGGUUUAACUCUCACAUUUCUGAAAAUGCUUUUAGAAAACACUCCAAUACCUCUUUGGUCAGUGAUUCUAUGGAGAAUUUGAAAGAAAGACCUUUUGGUGCAGCACGAUAAUGACUGUAAGAUGGCCAAUAGUUUUAUUUCUCCUUAAUAUUUGAAACAUUCUUUUUUAACUGGAAAAAAAAGACAAAGCUAGAAUAAAAUAAUCUUGUACCAUGAAA